AGCUCGGUGAGUGAACCUUGACUUACUCGUCGUGGCGUCAAUGGAGAGUUCCCUCAAGGCCCCUCACUACAACCUUCACCGCUGAGAAGUUGACAGCCAUGGCGGAUACAGGUGUCAAGAAGGAGCACAAAGCCCUGGCAGAGGUGCCUUGCGAUGAUGAAGAGGUCGCUCUGGUAGGUGCUGCCACCGAGCCGGCAGUAGAUGAUGAUGAUGAUGACCCUGCUGAGGAGGUGGACCUGGUGCUGGCUGCUGGCUCUGGAGGCAAGAGUGAAGCCCAGAUGAACGGGGUCAUGGUUCUGUCCCUGCUAGACAAGAUUAUCGGGGUGGUAGACCAGAUCCAGCAGACCCAGAAUGGUCUCGAGGCCCGGCAGGAGGCCAUGGAGAAGUCAGUGUCGACCAUCCAAGGGGAGCUGGCUAAGUUGUCCAAGAACCACAUCGGCACUGCCAACACUGUCAACAAAAUGCUGGACAAGGUACGCAAAGUCAGUGUCAACGUCAAGACGGUGCGCAGCAACCUGGAGAAGCAGGCGGGCCAGAUCAAAAAGCUGGAGAGCAACGAGAACGAGCUGCUCAAGAGACGCAACUUCAAAGUCCUCAUCUACCAGGAUCAUGUGAAGGCACCAAAGGCAUCCAAAGCCGAGACAGUAGCUGAAGGUAAAGCAGUGGAAGGCCUCGAGCAGAUACCUGAGGAGGGACAAGAGGGACUCCCAGCUAAUCUCAAUUCAGAUGAGGAGGUAGAAAUUGAGGAGAUUAUUGAAGAGUCUCGUACCAAACGCCUCCAACGCAGCACCAAGCAGCAAGUGGACAACAUAAAGAAAGCCUUCUCCAAAGAGAAGAUGGAGAAGACCAAAAUAAAGACCAGGGAGAACUUGGAGAAAACCAAGCAGAGAACCCGCGAGAACCUGGAGAAGACAAGACAAAGAACCCGUGACAAUCUGGAGAAAACUAAGCACAGCCUGGAGAAGAAGAUUGGCAAGCUUGGGACCCGCAUGACCCCCAACCAGGAGCGCAGGGCGAAGAUGAAGAGCUCCAAAGAUAAGAUGAAAAAGUCCCUAACCCCUGACCACACGGUCUAUGCCCGCUCCAAGUCCACUGUGUACCGUGUGCCCCCCUUCACCUUCCAUGUUAAGAAGAUCAGAGAAGGGGAGGAGGAGAUGAUGCAGAACACAGAGAUGGUGGAGGUGACCGAGGCCGAGGGCCAGCCAGGGGGAGAGGAGAACGGGCUUGAUGUGCAUGUGGAGGUGGAGGAAGGGGAGCUGGUGAGUGUAGAUAGCCCAGAGAUGGCGGCUCUGUUGGAGGUGACUGAGGACACUCAGCUGGUCAUGGUGGAGCCAGACCACCUAAAGAAGGCCCAAAGCGAGUAGAGCGUCCAAGCUCCGCAGAGAAAGAUGAAAGGAUGAAGAAGGGAACGAAGUCUUGACGAAUAAGUCAAAUCACAAGGACACAAUAUUAGUCGUAGGGACUUUCUAGAUGUGAUCACAAUCUAUGACAUCUUCUUUGUUUUCUGUUCUCUUUUUAUUAUACCCAAUAGGGAUGACUUUCAUAUUUGCUCCUCUUUAGCAUACAAAUAAGAAAAACGAAAUAAAAACAAAGCUAGCUUUUGAAACAUGCUGCAGGCUGACUGGUUAUCCUAGACUUGUAUGUUUAGGAUAUUUGCUGUUUGUUGUUGGUUUGAUAAAUUGAGUGGGAAAAGGUAUAAAUAGUCUUUGCUAUUGAAAUGUACUGUAUAAUAUAAUAUUUACCAUGUAUGAUAUGCAUAUUAAUUGGUAUGGUAACAGGAAGUUGUUGGCAAGAUUUAUGUUCCAUUGGUUGAUGGUUUUAGUGAUGUAAUGUGCACAUGUGAAACCAAAAAAAACUGAACACAAAGGCAAGGAUAAGGCCAAAGAAAUAAGAAAUAAAGAUGGAGGAGGCAGGAGGAGGUGGGAACGGACUUGAAGAGUUUACAAAAACAAUAUCCUUAAUAUGCAAAAUGCCUUAGGGCAUUGCUAAUUUACUGCCAGUCACUCAGGCAUUGUGUCAAAUGUGACAACGCAAUCAUUUUUAAUGUAAAUUACAGAUGUGAAGUACUGAAAAUAGAAGCGGGAUGUCUGUUAUAUUAUAUCUGGAAUACUGAAACACUGAGAAAAUUUUAUCAAAAUAUUAAAACACUUACUGGUAACCCCUAAGUAAAUGUCUAAAGUUCAGAAACUGUUGUGAACUUGUGACAGUCAUUGUAAGACCUUAAGUUUUAUGUAAAACAUAAAAAAAAAAGAUUGUGACAACUUAUCAUAAGGUAUACUAUAUUAUUUAUGUAGGGAAAUAUCUCUUCAUCCUGGUCACUCACAUUUCAGCUAUAAUUUAAUGAAAUACUAUACAUUUAGAAUGUAACCUUUGCGGCAAUGUAUCUUUACAAUGCAUGCUUGAAAACACUGUCUCAUCAUCAUUUACUGUGAUGUUUUAAUUCACCAUGUCAUCUGGACAUAUUGUGCUCACCAAGUUUCACAUAGCACACUGCUACACAGAGGAGAAGAAAAACAACUGUAUCACCAUGGUCACGGCUCACAUUUGGACAUCCCUAUUAAAUUUUCCCAAGGUAAUUGCUGGCAGAAAAAUGAUGGUCUAAAGAGCAAGAUGACAGCUUAAUGACUGACUACGUAACACACGGAGAUACAAAUGUCAUCCUAAAUGUGGUUAGAGUGAGACAGCACACUGCCAGGUAUUAUGAAUGAUCGACAAAUAUUUUUACAGAGACCAGGUGCAAUCUUGUGUACUUCCUCUGCAUUAUGAAAGGAAUGUCCACUAUGAUAGAAGGAAAACUAGGUGACCAUGAGUCCUUGAAUGAGAUUGUAGAGAAGAUGGUGGUGGAGGAUUAGAGGAAGCUGUGAUAAUUAAAUUGUAAUGAUUCUCAACCUGAUGUAAACAGACAAUGGCGAUGCUCAAUUAUUGCUACUUUUUAUCAUGUAAGACAAGUGCACACGACUAGAGAUGUAAAACAAAGUCUAGCGACUGUAUAUGACCUUGAUGUGGUCUAGUCAUCCAGAAAGCCCACUGUGUAGCAUGCAACACCAUUAAAAUAAUCAAUGGGCUAGGGAAUGCAAUUAAGGAGAGUGCUCCCUCUGAGCACUGAGCAGGGUAGAGAACAGGGAGGAGGACAGAGAGAAAGGAUGUGUAUAUGUGUGUAUGUGUGUGUGAGUGAGUGUGUGUGUGUGUAUGUGUGUGUGUGAUUGUGAUUGUGAAGAAUAUGUGCAUACCAUAUACCCACAGUGAUAUUUUCAUGAGACUCAAUUUUGUCAGCAUUAAGUGGAAAUUUCAUAAGGGCUCAAAUAAAUCAAUUGCAGGCCUGUGACAUUACAUAGGAUGAUCACGAUAAAUCUUUUUUUGAUAGAUUUUUUUGGGCAAAAAUAUGUACAUUAUCUUGCACAUUGAACAUUGAAACACUUGUAAGAUAUGGAUCCCAUUACAAAAAAUUGUGUUUUUGCCACCAUGUAUAUUUUUGCCUUGUUUUAAGCUACUGGUUAUUACAAAACUGAACCAGCCUGCAAUAAGCGUGGCGUAGGUUAUGCACAAUUUAUAUAGAAACACUUGCAUUUUGACAAGACAGACGAUGUCACACGAUUACUGUAGGUAGGUGUUAUUAAUUAAUACUCAAAUAAUGAAGCUUGCCUUUUCUGUUGUGUUUAAGGCCUCUUUUGCCUAACCACUUCAAUAUAAAUAAAAUCUUA